AUGAAGGGUUCUAAUCGAUAUACAGAGUUGUUGAGGUUUUGUGCGGGCCGUGCGGUGGUGCGGGGCGUGGACCUAGGAGCUGCGUUUCCGAUGAAUGACUCAAGAAGCAGGCUCUUCCCUAGGAAGGGUUUGGCAAGGCAAGCACUUCAAGAACAUUCAGAUCCAAGUGCCACCGCCGUCAUCAGCUCCUCGCUGCCUUGCCUGCUCCGGAGACGGACCCAAUGCCAUGAUACACCGGGUUCCUACGCCUCUGUUGCAAAGCCACCACACCAGACGCCUCCUCGCUGCCUUACCUGCUCCAGAGACAGACCCAUCCCAGCACCUGCGCACCUCCAAGACCACAGCCAGUUCGAGAAGAGGAGGGAAAAUUUUGCCAAAGAGAUUGAUAUUGCUAUAGUUGAUGUGGGCGAAAGGAAGCGUUCAGCUGAGACGGAUACCCGCGUGCGGCUCAAGUGCAGGCUUGAAGAGAAGAUGCUUUCGCACAGCCAGGCGAAAGGAUGGCCGCCAGGCGAAAUGGCGGGGUCGUUACACUACAUUGUCUUCAAUACUGUUGGCUAUAUAAUUUAUGGUUUGUGCAGAUUAGCUAUCAAGCCAGACUAUAUCCAUCUCAGUGAUGUUUCUGAAUGA